GAAGGAAGGCAACUCUACACGUGUAACUGGCGUAAGUCUGUCCUUUUCCAAAAGGCCGGACCCAGGCUGGCUCAAGGAGAGCUCUCGGUUCUCUUUCGAUUUACCUCGAGAAGAGAGAGCCAUUUGCAGUUGGCCGGGGAUCGUCAACGAAGAGGCCCCUGGAAAAGCCAAGACUGGCAUAUUUACUCCGAAGAUCAUGCAACUUGGAGAAAGUACACAAGAGCUGUUCUCAUGCAGUACUCGUGUUGUUUCGGAAGCAAGUGGUGAUUGGAUAAGAACCUACGCCUCGCAAUGAAUUAGUGAACUCAUCGUCGACGAAGCAAAGGAACCGCCAUCUAAAAACUAUCUACAUGGCACUAUCUCACCAAAAGUUGUGCGGCGUGAGCCUGUUUGCAACUGCCAUCUUUGCCCAGGUUCUUUGUUCCACCAAUCAAUUGGCUUCAACGCCAUUCUCAUGUCCGUUUAUUGUCCUGGCCAAUGGUACGAUCAAAUACGACAGGCCACAAAAUUCUGAAGGGGACGAAGAAUAUGCUCAAGAGGUUGCCCAACAACCAAUGGGAACCAUUUGGUGCCUCCCAAAAACUUACACCAUGGAACGACCACCAUUUGUGGGGAAGACGUCUUUACAUCAAAAGUUGAUGCUCCGAUUCAAUUUUGAUAUUCGUGAGGUCUCCGAAGUCAAUGAUGGGUCCCAAACUAUUGCUAUCCCAAUGUACUUCAGUGUUGCGUGGAAUGAGGACCGACUUUGGGUCAAUGAUUCCCAUCCUGCUUGGCAAGAAAACAUGACUGGGCCAGAACAGACAAUGACCGAAGAUCCUAAACUGCUAAUGACCGAGUUCUGGGUGCCCGAUAUCGAGAUCUAUGGUCUGGAAUACUUUGGAUCCAAAAGUGUGCUAAAAGGAAUGUCUGGACUUCGGAUCAAGAAGAACAAAACUGUAGACUACAACACAAAAGUCACCGUCAGAUUUUCCUGUCGAAUGAUUUUUGAUGACUAUCCUUUCGAUUCACAUAAGUGCAAUUUCUUAGUGGGAAGUUACUACUACACCAAAGACGUCGUGACUUGCGAAUCCACCUUUGAUAAUCCAAUGGAAAAUGACCCUUCGAGGCAAAGGAACUUGCAGCAUCAUAUUCAAUUUUCUGACCUCAACGAUGACCACAAGAUCAUCAAACUAAAUUCAGGCGAUUACAUGGCUUGCGGUUUCCAAAUUCAUCUUCGUCGAAAACGUUCUCAGUUGAUCUUUCAAAUAUACUUGCCCUGUAUCCUGUUUGUUUGCGUCUCCUGGGUUUCAUUCCUCAUCCGUCCCCUGGUGGUUCCCGGUCGAAUGGCUCUGUUGGUCACGCUAUUCCUGGUCUUGGUCAACAUCUUCAACAAUGUUCGAUCAAGUGCACCAAUUCCGGCUUCCACAUCCUUGAAUGCGAUCGAUUUGUAUCUUGUAGUGUCAAUACUUAUGGUGUUUUUGGCACUUCUGGAGUAUGCUGUUGUUCUCUUCUCAAUAAACCGUGAGGACAAUUUUGAGAUCCACCGCAAGAAACAUUGUCUCAAAAAGGCCAUGGCUCAAAAUUUAGGCUUCGAGGAUUCUUGUUCGAACCCGACAAAAAGCAUGAAAGAAAUGAUUGACGAAAUCAACGCCAGUCUGAUAAAGACUAGUCCUGAUAAAGUGCUCCUAACUCAGGACAGUUACAAGUUGGGCAACCUCUCGCUUCGAAAGUUUGACAUGAUAGCCCUUGUGACAUUGCCAAUCACUUUCCUUCUAUUCAACUUUGGCUACUGGAUCCAUUUUGGACUAUUAAUCUGAAUCACCCACAUCAUCCUUCGGACCAAACUUCCUUUUUCUACGUCCAUCAGUUUUAAGCCCUCUCUUUAUGCUCAAAUAAACCUAUCAACCAUU